AUGCACAAUGGUGAGCCACAGCACUCUUUUGAACCGCGGCAAACUGGUACUAGUGAGCCCCUGAACAAUAGUAAGAUGCUACACAAUGGUGAUCCACGGCACACUGAAUCUAUCUUUUUUUUCUUUUCAUUUAUUUACUUAACUUUUAUCGUUCUUUUGGAAUCCUCCUUCUUGUUAUUCUGUACAUUCACUUCUUUCAUUUUUUCCCUUCUUUUGAAAUCAUCCUUCUUAUUUUCAUCAUUCAGUUCUUUCCUUUUAUUCCUUCUUUUGAAAUACUCCUUCUUGUUAUUCUCUUCAUUCAGUCAUUUUUUUUUUCCUUCUUUUGAAAUCCUCCUUCUUGUUAUUCACGUCAUUCUUUUACUUCCUUUUUUCCUUCUUUUGAAAUCCUUCUUUUUAUUAUCUUCAUUCAGUACUUUCGUUUAUUUUCUUUGUUCGUUUAGAAACCUACUUCUUGCACGUCUCUUCAUUCAGUUCCUUUCUUUGUUUUCCUUCCUUUUUUUCUUUCCUGCUAUUAAAUCAAUUCGUUCUUUUUUUCGUUCUUUUAAAAUACUUCUUCUUUUUAUUCCCGUCAUUCAGUUUAUUCCUUUUUUUUCUUUCCUUUGGAAACCAACUUCUUGUUAUAUUCUUCAUUCAGUUCUUUUCAUUUGUUUUCUUUCUUUUGGAACUCUCAUUUUGUUAGUCUCUUCAUCCUGCUUCUUGUCAUUCUAUUCAUUCACUUCCUUCCUUUAUUGUUCUUUUGGAAUCCUUCUUCUUAUUCCAUUCAUUCAAUUCCUUCCUUAUAGCCGUUCUUUUGUAGUCCUCCUUUUUUCAUUCUGUUCAUUUAGUUCUUUCUUUUUUUUUUUUUCUUUAGACAUCCUCAUUCUCAUCAUUCUCUUAAUUAUGUCCCUUCUUUUUAUCAUUCUUUUUACCUUUCUUUUUUCGUUCUUUUGUAAUCCUCCUUCUUGUUAUUCUCUUCAUUCAUUCCCUUCUUUAUUUACUGUCUAUUCAUUCAAUUCAUUCCUUAUUUUUAGUUCUUUUGCAAUCCUCCUUCUUGUCAUUCUCUUUAUUCUGUUCCUUCUUUUUACCCCUUCUUUUGAAAUCAUCUUUCCAUUAAUUCCUUUCCUUCAUUUUUCCCUUCUUUUCCAAUCCUCCUUCUUGUGGUUCUCUUUAUUCAGUUCCUCCAUUUUUUUAGUUCUUUUUUCCUUUCUUUUUCUGUUCCUUUUUUUUAUUCCCCAUGCUUGUUAUAUUCUUCAUUCAUUUCCCUCUUUCUUUUUAUCGUCCUUUUACAACCGUCCUUCUUGUUCUUCCCUUCAUUCAAUUCUAUCCUUGUUUUCGUUCUUUUGUAAUCCUCCAUCUUGUUAUUCUUUUCAUUCACUUCCUUCCUUUUUCAUCAUUUGCCUUAUACGGAUCGUAGUUGUCUUGCUUCAAAUUCAUUCCAACUUUCUGUUAAUUCCUUUAUAUUAUUUUAAUUGUUCUUUCUUUCUUUCUUUCUUUCUUUCUUUCUUUCUUUCUUUCUUUCUUUCUUUCUUUCUUUACCUAAUCUACCCUUCUGUUGGAUCAACUACUCCCCCACAACAACGAACUGCAAAAGAAGGCUAA